UUUGGGCUUAACUUUGAUCAACUGUGAAUGAAUGAGACUCGCAGGAAAGCGGAUGUUGUAAAACCCAUUGAACUACAGCUGUUGAUCCCAUGACAUCACAACCAACUACAGCGGCAGAUGUGUGGUAGGAACGCAUGGAAACAGUCGUUGCCAAGCCUCCAAUUUGGCUUGCGCCCCCUUUGACGCGCCAGUGGCCGUGGCGCUUGCCAGCAGCGACGGGGAGGAAUUGCCCAUUGGAGCCCAGAACACAAAGUACUACGAGUGACGACACCGGCUGUCACCCGUGCCUCCUGUCGCGGAUACCAUGUUGGUCCUGCAACCACAUAUAUAACGUUAUGUGACAUUCUGUUUCAGCCCACUGGGCAAGAAUUGUUAUCUUCUUUAAUUACCAAGAUUGAAUUCGAGUUUCCAGUGAAUUUGCUAGGAGCCAUUGCCCCUUUCCUGCCUCUGGAUGCAGAACAAGAUUUGAGUCCUCGCCCCUGAGCAGCUUCAACAUGAUUGACGAUAAUUCCAAACACAAUGCGGCCAACCACGGGCGAACUAGAGCCGGGUCAAACGCCUCAUCGGUAGUUCAAAGGCUGUCCCAAGAAUUUCAAGACUCGCGGCCGCCAGAAGGGUUUAUGGCCACGACUGGCGAGCUGGCUUCGACAUUGGCCGCUAAACGCACGGCGUCCGCGACGGUAGACGGGAAAGAUCGAACGCAGGCAGCUGAGCAUAAUGCAGAGCGAGUGUCAAGCCUUGAAGACGCACGACAAAUGGGCGUAGGCGCCAGCCAUACGCCAUCCUCAGAGGAGGCUACCCUUAAAACGCAAACUGGCAACGGCGCGCGAGGGCUAGAAUGCACCGAGCCGUUCGCGAAUGGCUACCACUUCCCGCCCAAAUACCCAUGGCAAGAAACGACGCGGCGAGGAUUAGUCUCUUUUUGGAAGUUCUUCAUCACGCCCAUGGGCUUCUUUUGGACCAUCUACGGCUUAAACGUCGUCGCCUGGGGUGGCAUGCUGUUUUUGCUACUUUGCAAUGCAGCCCCGGCCAUGUGCGUCCCCACCUGCGAUGACAUCGACUCGCCGCGACGCUUGUGGAUCGAGUGGACCGCCCAGAUCCUAACAGGUCUAUUCUGCGUCACAGCGUUCGGCUUCGCACCUUGGAGGUUCCGGGAUUUAUACUUUCUCCUCAGAUACCGGAUGCUCAAGGAUUACGACGGGCUGCGAAGGCUCGCUGGGAUUCAUAGCAGCUGGUUUCGACUGCCAGGUUCACAGGAGCUACCACUGGAUGUUGGGCCAGGCAACGUCCCGGAUACCAUUACCAAGUCCUCGGUGCCCAUCCCCGAGAAGAGCAUGGCCAAUCCUCCGUUGACGGGCGUGCGAGCUCCGGCGACGGCGGUGUGGAAGUUGGACUAUGUUAUCCAGUGUAUGGUAUGGAAUACCUUUGCCCAGUGUGGCCUUUGCGGCAUCAUGUGGGGUAUGAACAGAUAUGACCGGCCGAGCUGGGCUACCGGCUUUUUGGUGGCCAUCGGGAUGGUCAUCGCCAUGAUGGGAGGACACGCGAUAUAUCUGGAAGGGAAGAAGGUCAAGCGCAUCGAGGGUGUGCCAAUCACGGAGCAGGAUAUCGAGAAGCUGGCACGGGACAAGGAGCUGGGCAUUCCACACUACAACAACCUUGGGGACAAAAAGCCGAAACGGAAGGCAAAGGAUCUCGAACACGGCGGGGAGAAGUAGCGGUCGUGGGUUCUGAUUGGCGAUGGUGAUAAUAGGGUUUCCAAGUACACGAUACCCCUUGCAUUGUGUUUGGACAGGUAAAAGGGUUAGGGUUGACUGACAUGGGAUACAUUGGUAGAGACCAUGAUGCGAGCCACUGCAUUGUAGUUACAUCAUAAUCAACUGCCUUACCUAAUCCGAGGCGGGAAUUCAGAUUCCAGACUCUUUUG